ACAGAGGACUGUGGGAGGGACGAACAUAUUCUGGAUUGGAUUUGACGGAGCAAGUGACAAUGUAGCGGAGUUGGAAAAUAUUGCAUCAAAUUAUUACAAACUUUUAUGUAUUUUUAUAUUUCACAUAUAUUUGUGAUGAGUAGGUUAUGUGUUUACUGGACAUAAGAGGAGUACUAAGAUUCGCUUUCUGUGGGAGACUGACUCAAAAUUACUUUCCUUGAGUUAUUGGAAGGCUACGAUUACUUUUGCUUGGACCUUGGAGGGCUCUCUGAAAACUGCCACCUUCACAUGUAUUCCCGUUUUCUAACAUGCAACAACAACACUGUGUAAGGUUCUGGCCUGCUGGUUCAUGUGGCUCCAUUCCAGCCUUCUCUGUGCUCUGACCACAGCACCCACCGGGGCCCUCAAGCACAUAAAUGGUAGCUCCACACAACUCCAACCUCUGACACACUCUGUACAAUAAAAUAUUUGGCAAAUAAAGACCGAAAGGAAAGACCGAAAGGAAAUUUAAGCAGCAAAAUCAAUUUUCCGUCUCUCAGGCCUCCCUUGACUUGGCAUCCGUAACCGGACUGGGAGUUGAGACAGCUGAUUUCAGGCUGUGAGUGUCCUCCCCUCUACUGCUUCACAUUCCCUCACCUGUCAGCUGUGUGUGUUUUUGUGAGGACAGUAACUCUGAGGUAGGUUGAUACGGCUGUGCCUUAGCAUGGCGCUGUGAGGAAGCCGCUGCCUGGACUCUGGACGGACGCUAGUGAAGCGCUUACACACCUUGGACCAUCAUGGGGAAGGAGCAGGACCUACUGCAGGCCGUCAAGAGCGGAGACCUGCCCUCCACUCAGAAACUACUGGCCAAGCUCAAAGCCAGCCGAAACAAGUUGUUGGGCUCCACGAAGAGACUGAACGUCAACUACCAGGAUGGAGAUGGGUUCUCAGCUCUCCACCAUGCUGCUCUGACCGGAACUACAGAUCUGCUGUCUGUGCUGCUGGAGGCCCAGGCCACCGUUGACAUCAAGGACAGGAACGGUAUGCGUCCGCUCCACUAUGCUGCAUGGCAGGGCAAGGCUGACUCUGUCCUUAUGCUGCUGCGGGCCGGAGCUGGAGUCAAUGGGGUCUCACAGGAUGGACACAUCCCCCUGCACCUGGCCGCACAGUACGGACACUAUGACGUGUCUGAGAUGCUGCUGCAGCACCAGUCCAACCCCUGUCUGAUCAACAAAACCAAGAAGACCCCCCUAGACCUGGCCUGUGAGUUCGGUAGAGUCAAGGUUGCUCAGCUGUUGUUGAGCAGUAACAUGGUGGUGGCUCUGUUAGAGGGUAAUAGUAAGGAACCUGCAGACUCAGGCUUCAACACUCCGCUGCACCUCGCCGCACGCAACGGACACAAGGACAUCAUCCGGUUGCUGCUGAAAGCGGGCAUCGACAUCAACAGGGCCACUAAGGCUGGCACUGCCCUGCACGAGGCUUCCCUCUACGGCAAGACGGAGGUGGUCAGACAGCUGCUAGAGGCUGGUAUAGACGUGAACAUCCGUAACACGUACAACCAGACAGCCCUGGACAUCGUGAACCAGUUCACCACCUCUCACGCCAGCAAGGACAUCAAGCAGCUCCUACGAGAUGCUACAGGUGUUCUGCAGGUGAGAGCUCUGAAAGACUACUGGAACAUCCACGACCCCACCGCUCUCAACAUCCGGGCCGGGGAUGUCAUCAUGGUCCUAGAGCAGCACCUGGACGGGCGCUGGAAGGGGCACAUCCACGACAGCCAGAGGGGCACCGACCGGGUGGGCUACUUCCCCCCGAACAUUGUAGAGGUCAUCAGCAGACGCUCAGGGGGCACCCUGUCCCGGCACGCCUCUCUGCCCACCCAGCGCCACCAGCUCCUCUCCAGAGCCCCCCUCUCCUCCAGUCUGAGCUCAGCCCCCCAGACCGACGACUCCUACACACUGUACACCCCCAACAAUCCCCACCUGGCCCUCCCCCACGCCAUCGGCCUCAGCGCCAACCCAGCAGGUGACAGGAACAGUGUAGGGAGUACGGGCAGUGUGGGCAGCACCCGUAGUGCUGGGAGUGGACAGAGCACAGAGAGUAACACUGCCCCCAACGGACAACACCAGCAGACCAUCGCACUCCCAGACACAGCCAAACCAGCGCCCGCUGCUGGUGACUCAGGGCAAACAGUCCCCAAUAAACAGCCUGACCUGACUGCAGUGGUUCUGGGUGCUCCUCGGAGGCCGAUGGUGAACAUACAGAGACCAGGGGAACAGCAGUUUGUCUCCCCACAGUUUGUACGUCCUCAGCAGCUACUGGAGGGCAAGGAUGCAGAGGCCAUCUACCAGUGGCUGAGUGACUUCCAGUUGGAGCAGUACAUUGGGAACUUCAUCACGGCCGGCUACGACGUCCCCACCAUCAGCAGGAUGACCCCAGAGGACCUGACGGCCAUCGGCGUCACCAAGCCAGGCCACCGCAAGAAGAUCUCAAUCGAGAUAGGAAACCUCAGCAUCCCAGAGUGGCUGCCUGAAUACAUCCCGGCAGACCUGGGGGAGUGGCUGAGUAACAUAGGCCUGCCUCAGUACCAAAGGAAGCUGUCAGAGAACGGCUAUGACUCCAUCAGCAUCGUACGGGACCUGACCUGGGAGGACCUGCAGGAGAUAGGCAUCACCAAGCUGGGCCACCAGAAGAAGAUGAUGCUGGCUGUGAAGAAGCUGUGUGACAUACAGAGGGCCAUCCUGGCUGCAGAAUCUGGCCAGGGCACGUUGCGCCGCAAGCCCCCUGGAGCCCUUCACCUGGUCACCAUCGAGCCACCUGACAGCGCCUCCGACUGCCCCUCGCCCCAAACCCCCAAGAUGCUGACCUUCCAGGACAGCGAGCUGAGCGCUGAGCUGCAGACAGCCAUGUCCAGCCACUACCAGGAGGGCCUGGCCAUCAAGAGUGCCGUGGGCAUGUCUCGGAGCCAAGAGAGCAUCGACGCCCGGUCCAGGGGCUCAGGACGCUCCCAGGACCCCCCCACGGCCUCCAUCACCCCCCACAGCCGCUCACAGGAGAGCCUAGGCAGCAGCAGCACCUCCACCAGCCUCAGUGCUGACAGCAGCCCUGCCAAGGAGAGGAACAUUCCAGAAGGCUGGGACCAGAGGUCCAUACUACAGCAGCAGCUUCCCAAGCAGGUCCCCCUGGGGGCAGCCACCGUGUUCAAGUACCCAGCCAUCCCAGCCAAGCCUAAAGGCCCUGGGUCUCACUCCCUAGGCUCCUCUCCCCAGGGCUCCCCGGCCCAGAGGGGCUUCAGCUACCUCCACUCCCACUGUGGCAGCAUCGACCUGGGCCACGGCUCGCCCACCAAGCCCUUGGCACACACCUACCACGCCAUGACCCUGGCCCCGCCUAAGAAGCGCAGCCAGAGCCUGACACGCUAUGCCCUGUCAGACGGCGAACCAGAUGAAGAGGAUGACGACCUGGCUCCGCCAUCUAGCACCCUAGGGUCCUACGCCACCUUGACCCGUCGGCCCGGACGCAGCCAGCUGGCAGGCAUGCAGACCACACCCGUAAAGUACGGCACUGUGGGACGUAGCCAGUCCUUUGCCGUGCGCGCUCGUAAAAAGGGUCCCCCUCCAGCCCCGCCCAAGAGACUGAGCUCGGUGAGCAGCAGCCCCAGCGUUGGGUCCACUGAGAAUAUGGCGCCCUCUCCUGGGGGGGUGGAGACAGACAGCCCAGGUAGCGUGAGGAGCAUCGCAGCCUGUCUGGAGGCCUCCACUGAGGGGAAGAGCCUGUCCAGGCCCAGGCUGGACCUCCUCCAACCAGAGCCUCCCCUCCCCAGCCUCACCCCCUCAGGACUGGAGCCCAAAGAGGCCUCCGCAGGGAUGAGGAGGAGGGUGCAGAGUGAAUGUGUUCCAGCCAAGACCGACACCCCAGACCAUUACCCAGACCCAGAGCGAGGGGUGAAGUCAGACUCUGAGGAGGAGGAACCUAAGGCACCGGGGUUGGAUGGCUCCUCAUCCCCUCACAAUAGCUCCAGCGAGUGUAUCCCCUUCGCCGAGGAGGGCAACCUCACCAUCAAGCAGAGGCCCAAGGUGGGAGGGCCGCCCAGGGCCGAGAGCACUGUGGAGAUCCCGGCAGACAAGAACCGGCCCACCAAGACAGCCCUGGAGGUGCCUGAGUUUAACCUGAAGGAGUCAGACACUGUGAAGCGGAGAUACAAGCCUAAAGACCAUGCUGGCAGCUCUCCCACCAGUGACUAUGAGGGCCAGAUAGGGUCAGACUCCAGUCCAGGCAGCAGGCCCCAGUCCCAGAGCUGUGAGGAGGUGAGUCUGGUCAGUCUGAGGAUCAGUGAGGCCAGUCUGGAGGGGCUGGAGAACCUAGCAGUGACAGGCACACCCCUCAAACCCCCCGUCUCCCCCAAGCCUCACAGCUCCCACGGACCCCCCGUCACAGCCCCAAAACCGUCCCGACACAGUCUGGCUGCUGCUACAGCCAUUGUGCCGCCCACUAUGACUGUCAACGUGGUACAAAGUCUUGCCUUCUCAGCCCCACCAUCACCCACACCCAGCCGGUGUCCCCCAGCCCCAGGGCUUCAGAGCCAGGCAGCCCAGACAGGCAAGCCCCAGGUCUGUGUGGUUGGCCCAGGCCCAGGGGUAGAGUCUGGCCCGGGGUUAGAGGUGGUGCAGCAACAGAGGCUGGAGCAGACCAGCACCUCUCUGGAGGCAGCACUGCAGGCUGUGGAGAGAAAACUCACCCAGGAGGACAGCACUGACGGUGGGGCUAACACAGUGAAGUCAGCGGGCAACAUUCUGGAUGACAUUGGCAACAUGUUUGAUGACCUUGCUGACCAGCUGGAUGCCAUGCUGGACUAAGCCCUCUAUCCACUCCACUGACCAGCCUACUGACCCUUGACCUUUCACCUCAGGAAGUACUAAUGACCAUGAGAGGGAGAAUGGAGCAGGUCACCCCACCUAAGUGUUAUCUCCAACCCCGACGCCCUUAAAACUACAGACCAACCCCCACCACCAGACUAACAGAAAACAUAUGGGACUACAUAGUAGGAUGUGCCAUGGACUGGGAUGGUUUUAAUGAACAGUGUGGAUCCAUCUCCCUCCUCCCUGCCUCCAUGUUGCCACUUCCUCUCCUUUCAACACCAGCACUUAACUCUGCUCUACAGUGCAUUGGCAUCAGUCACAACAACCCUGUUGGUUUCAACACAGGGCCUGACUGACUGACUGACUGACUGACUGACUGACUGACUGACUGACUGACUGACUGACUGACUGACUGACUGACUGACUGACUGUAGAUACAUGAGGGGUGGACAACAUACUGUACCAGUACACCGUUGUAUUGGGUUGUUUCAUAUAACACGAGUUAAACUGUGUUGUCCUUUUUAUUCUACCCAACAUCCUCCAUUUCUUCGUCAUGUUGGUGUGCCUUUCUUUCCCUCCUUUCUCACAGUAUCCGCCUCUGUGUAAAGUCAUUGUUUGGCCACUGUAGCAGUAGAAAGAGAGAGAGAGAGAGAGACAAUGGGGAGAAGUGUUUUUAUACUGGCCUAUAAAGGAACCAUUCCUAGACAGAAUAUUACCAUACACUACCAUUUGUAUUAGACGCUGUAUCUGUCAUUUGACCUUUGUAUUUCACUAUGUCUGACCAAUCAAUUGGACCUUGUUGAUAUUUUCAAUACUCUUGUAUUUUAUCCAUUUUCUACCAAGUUGACCACAAUGAAAGUGUGUUUGUGUCUUCCUCAAGGCAUGGUGCCAGUACAUUUGUGCUGUUAAAAUCUUUAGUAAUCAUUCUUUAGUAAUACAGAAUGACUAGAUGCUAUAUCAUGUCUGGUUUUAUGAAGCUAUGUAAAACAUGUAGAAGUGCUGGAUAAUAUUGUUUAUACAAAAGGGAAGAAGACCUUUGCUCGUCAAAGCAUAUUUAGCUGUCGUCACUGUCCACACUGUAAGUAUAAGGAGUUAUACGUGCUUUGUACAGCCGAUGGAUGACAUGCAAGAUAUUAAUAAUGUACACUAUUUUUGAAAGAAAAACAUUUUAAUGUAGAUUAGUCCAACUAGUAUUUAAAUUAGAGUAUCUAAAUAUGUAUAUUGUAUACUUAUAGGUAUAUCUGGGAGCAGAAUCAUAUUCAACCAAAGUUCUUUGUACAGAUUUUCCUUCAAUAUUUUCAAUAUUUCCAUAAAAUGCAGAACCAUUGUUAAGGGGUUCUGGUCUUCCUUAUUGUAACAUGAAUGAAAUUAAUUAUCUACAUGGUCAUCAAAAAUGGUCUGUUUUUUUCCCUGUCAAACAUGUUCCAUAUUUGGGCAUGCUACAGUACUUCUAGCAGGGGGAAUUAACUCUUCUAUGCUGUGUUUCUAUCGUCCUCAUGAACUUUCAAAUGAUUAACCCUGACUUGUAUGAUUGUGUAGUGUCCUCUGUACUGUAAAUGUUUGUGUCGUUUCAGUGUGAAUGUGAUCCCUGGCUGUAACCUGGGUUUCAUCUCUGUCGUUCUCAGGAAUGUCACACCUACUCAGUUCAAGCUGCUCUCACAUUAAACACGCACACCUGGCUUUGUGUUAUGGAAGGAGGAACAGUGGUUUUGAAGAGGUGAGGUGAAGGAGAGCCUUGCGUGAAUGUGAAAGAGGUCUGUGUGUCUCAGACGGAACUGAGACCUGCUAGAGGCACCUUAUUUAAGAUGGGUCUGUGGAUAAAUGUUAUACUGUCUUGAGUUAUCAACAUCUGUUCUUUUUCAUCCAGCUGGAUCUUCGUUUGGUUACAGUUAACCAUUAAAUAUUCAAGUCUGA